CGGCCCAUGGCGCCGCCCGCCGCCCGCCUCGCCCUGCUCUCCGCCGCCGCGCUCACCCUGGCAGCCCGGCCCGCGCCCAGCCCCGGCCUCGGCCCGGGACCCGAAUGUUUCACGGCCAAUGGUGCAGAUUAUAGGGGAACGCAGAACUGGACGGCACUUCAAGGCGGGAAGCCAUGCCUGUUCUGGAACGAGACUUUCCAGCAUCCAUACAACACUCUGAAAUACCCCAAUGGGGAGGGGGGCCUAGGCGAGCAUAACUACUGCAGAAAUCCAGAUGGAGAUGUGAGCCCCUGGUGCUAUGUGGCAGAGCACGAGGACGGAGUCUACUGGAAGUACUGCGAGAUUCCCGCUUGUCAGAUGCCUGGAAACCUUGGCUGCUACAAGGAUCAUGGAAACCCACCUCCUCUAACCGGCGCCAGUAAAACGUCUAACAAACUUACCAUACAAACCUGCAUCAGUUUUUGUCGGAGUCAGAGGUUCAAGUUUGCCGGGAUGGAGUCGGGCUAUGCUUGCUUCUGUGGAAAUAAUCCUGAUUACUGGAAGUACGGGGAGGCAGCCAGCACCGAGUGCAACAGCGUCUGCUUCGGGGAUCACACCCAGCCCUGUGGCGGCGACGGCAGGAUCAUCCUCUUUGACACUCUCGUUGGCGCCUGCGGAGGGAACUACUCGGCUACAACCUCCGUGGUGUAUUCCCCUGACUUUCCUGACACCUACGCCACGGGCAGGGUCUGCUACUGGACCAUCCGGGUGCCGGGAGCCUCUCACAUCCGCUUCAGCUUCACCUUGUUUGACAUCAGGGAUUCUGCCGACAUGGUGGAGCUGCUGGACGGCUACACCCACCGCGUCCUGGUCCGUUUCAAUGGGAGGAACCGCCCACCUCUGUCCUUUAACGUCUCUCUGGAUUUUGUCAUUUUGUACUUCUUCUCUGAUCGCAUCAAUCAGGCCCAGGGAUUUGCUGUCUUAUACCAAGCCGUCAAGGAAGAGGCGCCACAGGAGAGGCCCACUGCCAACCAGACGCUGGCCGAGGUGAUCACGGAGCAGGCCAACCUCAGCGUCAGCGCAGCCCGGUCCUCUAAAGUCCUCUACGUCAUCACCACCAGCCCCAGCCACCCACCCCAGACCGUCCCAGGUAGAUGGACAGUGUAUGGCCUGGCAACUCUCCUCAUCCUUACGGUCACAGCCGUUGUAGCAAAGAUACUUCUGCACGUCACAUUCAAAUCCCAUCGUGUUCCUGCCUCAGGGGACCUUAGGGAUUGUCAUCAACCAGGGACGUCAGGGGAAAUCUGGAGCAUUUUUUAUAAACCCUCUACUUCGAUUUCCAUCUUUAAGAAGAAGCUCAAGGGUCAGAGUCAACAAGAUGACCGUAAUCCUCUUGUGAGUGACUAAAAGCUUCCCACUCCAUGCCCAGGACACGAGGUCCCUCCGAGCUCAAGGCCACUGGGGACCCGUGGUUUCCUCAGACCGACUCUCCCUGCCUCUCCCUCAGCCUCUGGCAGCCUCUGCAAGAGCGCUGUCCUACGGGCUGGGAAGGGAUGUCCUGCUGCAGAGGCAGGCCUAGCCUGGACUCCCCCUGCUCCAUCGCUGCACUUAGGAGAGAGAGACCCAAAGUCCCAGGGUCUGGGCCCUCCCUGUGCUGCUCUCUCUCUCUCUCUCUCUCUCAUCUAGAAUGGGGGUGUCGGGACAGGGACUGAGAAUGCAGAGAUGGUUGUGUCUGGCACUGGGCUCAGGUACCUUCUAGAUGACUGUAGGGUGGUGGGUAGUUGUAGUGUAUGCUGAGUCUUGCUUGCUUGUUUUCUGUUUUGUCCACUCAGAUCACUUUCUCCUGGUCUUUAUGGGAGGAUUCUGAGGUUCUCUUGGGGGUUGGCCUGGUCCUAGAUUCCUGGGCAUUAGCACCCGAAAGCAUAAAGAGGGCCCAUGCUCUGUGCUGACUCUGGGGCUUUGCUCUCUGGGUGCUGGAUGAGGGUGGGCCUCCUCUAACCUGGGAGAGCAUGGGAAUUGACCCCCCAGCAUAUCAAGCCUGCACCCUGCCACACACGGACUUCUUUCCAAAGCUUGGUGAUCACAGAGCAAGCCACACAACAGACUUUCCUGAAAGCUUUUAUAGGCUCAGUGACUCCUCAUUAUAUGGGGUUGCCCGGCCUUGCCCCUAGCAGCUCAUGAUCCUAUGGAACCUGAGCUGGGCCUGUCUCUCCGUGAUUCUCCAACUCCCCGUUCAGAACAGGGAGUAUAAAGGUUGUGGCUUAGCCGUGAGCCAGCAUUAGGUGUGACAUGGGUGUCAGCAGUCCCCCUGCAGGCAUCACUCAUUUUAAAAGAUGACAAACCACCCUGCGGCCUGUGUUCUCUCUGGUCCCCUCCUCCCCUUUGUCAUGGGGACCCAGUGUGGCCUGGAAUAGCUCAGUGGGGAGCGGGAGGGCCCUUUUCCCUAGCCCCACACUGCCCUGCCCUUCAGAUGGGGAAGAGAGUCUCAGAGAGUGGCAUGAGGGCAGAGAGGGAGGUUUUGGGCACUGGAGACCCUCGAGUUUAGGCCUCCCAAGAUGGAGAGGUGCAGCCGCAGUGGCUGCUGGUCGGGAGGAAGAGCUGUCCCCCAUUUAGAAGUCCCCAUCAGCCAAAGUAGGCUUUGUCAACAGCAGCUGAGAAGAGCCGCCGGGGCCUCUGAAGGCCAGUCCUGGGCCUUCGUCAGAGCACGACUCUCCCAGAGGCACCUGGGCACUUGGGCCUUGGAAACCACAGGUUUCCGCCUUGGAGCACUUUGCCUACCUCCCCCAGAUCCCUCAGCUACUGCCUGCUGUGGCUUUCUCCGGGGUUCUGCCAUGCUGGCGACCUGUGUGCACCUGGCUGCUCCCAGAAACACCGUGUGGGGCCAGCAGGGAGGGGUCUGCAGUGAAAGGUGACAUGCAGCAACCAGGGGAGAUGCUGGGAGCUGGCAGGCAGAGGGGCACAAGAGAGGGGCAAUGGGAAAGCGUGUCCAUGGGAGGGCAGGGGCACUGCCCGAGCCACCGUGUGAGGCCCGCUGCGGGCUCAGAGCCGCUCAAUGCCGUCUUCACGCUUUGAUCUGGAAAGGGUGAUUACCCCGGAGCAGCUGUCCACCGGCCGCGGGUCUGCAUACAGAGGCCUGUCCCACACGGCUGGAAAUACACUGACAUGUGCUGUCUCCCCUUCACGCUAUUCCCAGCUGUUGCGGAAUCUCCUCUGAACCAAGUGUCAGGUGCGUGCAGUCACAAAGGGCCCUGUGCCCUGAAUAGAUCCAUUCACAGCACAAAGGGAAUAUGGAAUUUAGCCCCUGGAGGGGGUCGCCUGGCCCAGGAGCAGUUGUUCAGCCGCUUAGGGCUUCCUGUGGCCAUUGGCCUUUGGGGCAUCCUGUGCCCCACCCCCCAACCUUACACAGGCAGGGUGUUUUCUGAGUCUGCAGCUGGAGCAACCCGUUCUGAGACCCGGAAGUGCUUGUGACGCCCCAGUGCCCUCCUUCCUGCUGGCCCUGGCACAGCCCACUGCCACCAGGAUCAGCUUACUGUCCAGGGAGCAGCCCCAGGAAACCUGGGGGAGAGGCCAUAAAUUGGCCCAGGCCCAACCCCCACAGACACCUUGGCCUCAGUGUUGCCUCGGCCCUGCUCAGAACCUGUCAUUGACACCCCCAUGAGGGUGCCCUGUAGCUAAGUAAACAUCUGAGGGAUACACUGUCCCAGAGAAGGUGAGGUGUCCUCCCGGGAGCACCAUAGGAAGCCCACACUUGGUCUUUUAAGAAACGACUUUAGAGAGAAGUGAGGUUUGGAAAGUCUGGAAAGCCUGAAAGGAUAUCACGGAUCACAUAGAUUAGGAAAGAAGAAGGGGAGGGACUCUGGGGACAACUGUGGCCUGCCACUUUGAAAGCAUCCUGCCCAAGGCCUUCACCCUGAAGUGAUGGAGGGAACCAAGGCUGUGGCAAGUGAUGCCUCUGGGCCUGGGUGCCCUCCUCACCCCUUCUCUGCAGAAUCUAGGCCCUUGCCUUCUCAGCCUGUGCUGCCAGGGAAGGGAGGGCUGCCGGCAGCUGAUGUUGUUGCCUCUGUGGUAAAUGCCUGUGGCCGGCUGGGACCAUGGUCUUAGCUGCGUUUCACAGUGUCUUUGGCCCCUCUGGAAGGUGCAUGGCACCCUGUGUUCUUCCCUGAGCACCCAGUCACUUGCAGAACAGAGGUGUAACCAUGUCUCCUCCCUCUCUUGUCAGGACAGGGUCAAGGCCUCUCUAUGGGUGUGAGCAAGGUGACGGGGCUGCUGUAACUUCUGAAGUGUGGGCUCUGGCUCAAGACUCCAAUCAGCCAGAAACCCACAAAGAUCAAAGCACUAGCGAGUACAGCUGUUCUGUCCCUCAGGCCAAGCCCAUACGGCCCCACCCACUCGCCCCAUUGCCAGCCCAAGGCAGGAGCUGGCCUGACCUUGCCACCCGGCCAUCCUGACAUGCCAGCGGGCACAGUGGCCAUCACCAAGCCCUGGGCGUCCUGGGCACUUACCUUCACGAGCACUUAGCAGUGGACGGCCUCCGAGAUCCUGUCCCCUUGUCUGAUGAGGCCACCACGGGUCUUGAACCGAGGCCGGCCAGCUCCCCACCCCAUAGCCCAGGCAAUUGCCACCCUCUUGGGUUUUGGAUCUCCUGUUUGAUGUUCGAUCUCUGCUUUUGUUACUACCUUGAGAACUUUUAACCUUUUGAUUGUUUCCUCUGGUGGCUUUGUUUACCUUCCUCACUGUUCUACCUCCUGGCCGGGUCUCUCAGCCUAGCAGCCCUGGCACGGGGUAUUUCUCAAACCUUCCAGCUGCAGCUGCCUCCGCCUCGGCCUCCGGUGGGACAGCUCAGGGGUGACGAUGGGGCCUCACCCCACUGCCUGCAGACGCCAGGGGAGCCCAUCUCACAGGCUUCUGUGUUGCCAAGUUGAAUAUACUCAACAAGGCAGAAGUGGGGUGUGGAGGAAGCUCCGAGGUAAAUCUGCAUCAGAAAGGAUGUGUCUUCAGGGGCACAUAGUGGGGGACCCUUUCUCUUCCUGCACAGCUGCCGUCUUGGGGUUCACGCAGCUUCAAGACCUGCCACAUCCAGACUCACCUGCCCACAGGGAUCUUGACUUUGGAUGACAAGGCUUUAUUUGUAAAUAUGCUCUUAAUAUGCAACUUUGAGAAUAAAAUAGAAACAUCAUGUAUUUUAAAAUAUAAGAUGAAGUGUGACGCACUGUAUACAAUUUAAUAUAUAUUUUUAGGAUUUUGUUAUUUAAGAAAAUGGAAUGUAAUGGUACUUAACUUUUACAAAAGAGAGAAAAAUGUUAUUUUUACUGUCUGGAGAAAAUAAAUAUUCUCACUGUUGUAGAAACAGCAA